CUUAACUCUUCUGGCAUUUUCAAACUUAAAUUGAAUUUAUUUACAGUUCCUUUUAAACUUAAAACUAAUUUUAAAGUUAAAUUUCCUCACCAGUUGUGUCUCUGUUUCCCCUCACAUUCCGUGGUUUGGUUUGAAUUGUUUGCACACACCUGGGCCUAAUUAAAUGAUUCCAGAGACACACCUGGUUACCUUGUUUUUUGUCUUGCUGCCAUCUACUGGCCAGACUCAAAAUAACCUCAUCAACUAAUAAAAAGGGAGGGGAGGAGGAAGAGGAGGAGCAGAGGUGAGAGGAGACAGGCUCUGGACUGGAGGUGAAAACUUGGUGCAGGGGCUGAGCUUUUUAACUUGACAACUACUACUACUUCAAAGCAGCGCUCUGCUUUAUGACAUCAUCAGUAAAGGACAAGCACAAAGCAACUUACUGUUUUGAAGAAGAUUAUAAGUGUAACACGAAACAAACACUACAGACACAGAAUACUGCCACUUCUACUGCGUGUACUACGACUACUGCGUGUACUACGACUACUGCGUGUACUGCGUGUACUGCUACUAGAGCUACUACAGCACGUUUACACUAGAGCUUUUCUCUCUCUUUACUGCAUAUUUGAACAGAAAAAUGCCCUGGUGGUUUUUUAGAAACUCUCGACCUAAGGUCAAGCGCCAAAUCUUAGAGACUGAGAACCAGGAACUGCACGAGAGGAUCCGAAACUUAGAAAAUCAGAACCAGAAACAGCAUGAGACGAUCCGAAACUUAAACAAUGAGGUCCAGGAACAAAACAAGAGGAACCAAAACUUAAACAAUCAGAACCAGGAACAAAAUGAGACGAUCCAAAACUCAUUAAAUCAUAACCAGGAACUGCUUGAGACGAUCCACGACUUUAUAAAUCAGAACCAGCGACAAAACCAGAUAAUCCAAAACUUAAACAAUGAGUUCCAGGAACAAAACGAGAGGAUCCAAAACUUAAACAAUGAGGUCCAGGAACAAAAUGAGACGAUCCAAAACUUAAACGAUCAGAACCAGCAACAAAACGAGACGAUCCAAAACUUAAAUCAGAACCAGCAACAAAACCAGACGAUCCAAAACUUAAAUCAGAACCAGCAACAAAACGAGGGGAUCCAAAACUUAAACAAUCGGAACAAAGAUCUGCCCUGGCGUUUUUUUAGAAAAUCCCCACCUAAGGUCAAGCGCCAAAUCUUAGAGGCUGAGAACCAGGAACUGCACGAGAGGAUCCAAAACUUAGAACAUAAGAACCAGCAACAAAACGAGACGAUCCAAAACUUAAACAAUCAGAACCAGCGACAAACCGAGUGGAACCGAUACUUAAACAAUCAGAACCAGCGACAAAACAAGAGGAUCCAAAACUUAAACAAUGAGUUCCAGGAACAAAACGAGACGAUCCAAAAUUUAAACAAUCGAAACCAGCAACAAAACGAGACGAUCCAAAACUUAAACAAUCGAAACCAGCAACAAAACGAGAUGAUCCGAAACUUAAACAAUGAGGUCCAGGAACAAAACGAGAGGAUCCAAAACUUAAACAAUGAGGUCCAGGAACAAAACGAGAGGAUCCAAAACUUAAACAAUGAGGUCCAGGAACAAAACGAGAGGAUCCAAAACUUAAACAAUGAGGUCCAGGAACAAAACGAGAGGAUCCAAAACUUAAACAAUGAGGUCCAGGAACAAAAUGAGACGAUCCAAAACUUAUACAAUCGAAACCAGCAACAAAACGAGAGAAUCCAAAACUUUAAAAAUCUGAACCAGAAACAAAACGAGACGAUCCAAAACUUAAACGAUGAGGUCCAGAAACAAAACGAGACGAUCCACAACUUAAACAUUCGGAACAAAGAUCUGCCCUGGCGUUUUUUUAGAAAAUCCCGACCUAAGGUCAAGCGCCAAAUCUUAGAGGCUGAGAUCCAGGAACUGCACGAGACGAUCCGAAACUUAAACAAUCAGAACCAGGUACAAAACGAGACGAUCCAAAACUUAGAAAAUCAGAACCAGCAACAAAACGAGACGAUCCAAAACUUAAACGAGACGAUCCAAAACUUAAACAAUCAGAACCAGGAACAAAACGAGACGAUCCAAAACUUAAACGAGACGAUCCAAAACUUAAACAAUCAGAACCAGGAACAAAAUGAGACGAUCCAAAACUUAGAAAAUCAGAACCAGCAACAAAACGAGAGGAACUGAAACUUAAACAAUGAGGUCUGGUAUGAAAUAACACUCUAGGUCUAAAAAAAAGAACCUAAUAACAUUAAACAAUGAGGUCCAGGAACAAAACGAGACAAUCCAAAACUUAAACAAUUGGAAUAAAAA